AUGUCGUUGAAGGCAAUCUCAGCAAAAGAUGCUGCCUCACUUGACAAAGACCUCAUGGAAGUGGGCGGCUGGUCUCUAGAUCAGUUAAUGGAGCUCGCGGGCCUCUCGGUCUCGCAAGCCGUUUGGAGAAUCCAUCCUCCCAGCGCAGGACAGAACGUCCUGGUUGUCUGUGGACCAGGCAAUAAUGGAGGAGAUGGCCUAGUCGCAGCUCGUCACUUGGCCCAUUUCGGUUAUACACCAUUGGUAUACUAUCCAAAAGAGGGCAAAAACGAACUCUACCAGCGUCUCAAAAUCCAACUCCAGAACCUUUCGAUCCCCUUCAUAACCGACUUCCCAACAGCUCUCAAGACAACAGACUUCCUUGUCGAUGCUAUCUUUGGAUUCUCCUUCGGCGGUGCAUUGCGCGAACCCUUCGGCGAUAUCGUCUCGCAAAUCGAGUCUUCCACUGUUCCAGUACUAAGCGUUGAUGCGCCCAGCUCAUGGGAUAUCCAGAGCGGACCGCCGAAGGAAGGUCCUGGUGCGAAAUUCAUGCCACAUGCGCUUAUUAGCUUGUCUGCGCCCAAGCCGUGCGUGGCGUUUUAUCAGGGCAGGCAUUUCGUUGGUGGUAGGUUCUUGACAAAGGACAUCGCAGAUAAGUAUGGAAUUGAUCUGCCCAAAUAUCGCGGUAUUGAUCAGGUAUUGGAGAUUGGAGUUGAUGCGGAGGGAAGGUUGUAA